GAGCCGCCCCCAGACUAGGCGGGCGGGCGCCUCAGCCAUGGCCCUGCGAGAUGAGCUGCUCAAGUCCAUCUGGUACGCCUUCAACGCACUGGACAUGGAGAGGAGCGGCAAGGUCUCCAAAUCUCAGCUCAAGGUGCUGUCCCAUAACCUCUACACGGUCCUGCACAUUCCCCACGACCCUGUGGCCCUGGAGGAGCACUUCCGAGAUGAUGACGAUGGUCCUGUGUCCAGCCAGGGCUAUAUGCCCUACCUCAACAAAUACAUCCUAGACAAGGUGGAGGAGGGAGCUUUCGUUAAAGAGCACUUUCAUGAGCUCUGCUGGACCCUGACGGCCAAGAAGAACUAUCGGUUGGAUAGCAACGGGAACAGCUUGCUCUCCAAUCAAGAUGCCUUCCGCCUCUGGUGUCUCUUCAACUUCCUGUCUGAGGACAAGUACCCUCCGAUCAUGGUUCCUGAUGAGGUGGAAUACCUGCUCAAGAAGGUGCUCAGCAGCAUGAGCUUGGAGGUGGGCUUAGGUGAACUGGAGGAGCUGCUGGCCCAGGAAGCCCAGGCAGCCCAGACCACCGGGGGGCUCACCGUCUGGCAGUUCCUGGAGCUCUUCAACUCAGCUCGUUGCCUACGGGGCGUGGGGCGGGACACCCUCAGCAUGGCCAUCCAUGAGGUCUACCAGGAGCUCAUCCAGGAUGUCUUGAAGCAGGGUUACCUGUGGAAGCGAGGGCACCUGAGGAGGAACUGGGCAGAACGCUGGUUCCAGCUGCAGCCCAGCUGCCUCUGCUACUUUGGAAGUGAAGAGUGCAAGGAGAAAAAGAGCACAAUUUUGCUAGACCAGCACUGCUGUGUAGAGGUCCUGCCAGACCGCGAUGGGAAGCGCUGCAUGUUUUGUGUGAAGACGGCCUCCCGCACCUACGAGAUGAGCGCUUCGGACACGCGUCAACGCCAAGAGUGGACAGCUGCCAUCCAGACGGCUAUCCGACUGCAGGCCGAGGGGAAGACAUCGCUGCACAAGGACUUGAAGCAGAAACGGCGAGAAAAGAGGGAGCAGCGCGAGCGGCGCCGAGCAGCCAAGGAGGAGGAGCUGCUGCGAUUGCAGCAGCUCCAGGAGGAAAAGGAGCGGAAGCUGCAGGAACUGGAGCUGCUGCAGGAGGCGCAGCGGCAAGCGGAGCGCUUGCUGCUGGCAGAAGAGGAGCGGCGCCGCAGCCAGCAUCGGGAGCUGCAGCAAGCGCUCGAGGGGCAGCUGCGCGAAGCGGAGCAGGCCCGGGCCUCCAUGCAGGCUGAGAUGGAGCUGAAAAAGGAGGAGGCUGCCCGGCAACGGCAGCGCAUUGAGGAGCUGGAAGAAAUGCAGCAGAGGCUGCAAGAGGCCCUACAACUGGAGGUGAAAGCUCGGCAGGAUGAGGAGGCAGUGCGUCUUGCUCAGACCAGACUGCUGGAGGAGGAGGAAGAGAAACUGAAGCAGCUGCUGCAGCUGAAGGAGGAGCAGGAACGCUACAUAGAACGGGCGCAGCAAGAGAAGCAAGAGUUACAACAGGAGAUGGCGCAGCAGAGCCGGUCCCUGCAGCAAGCCCAGCUGCAGCUAGAAGAGGUGCGACAGAACCGGCAGAGGGCAGAUGAGGAUGUGGAGGCUGCCCAGCAGAAGUUGCGCCAGGCUAGCACCAAUGUGAAACAUUGGAACGUCCAGAUGAACCGUCUCAUGCAUCCAAUUGAGCCUGGAGACAAGCGUCCCACCACCAGCAGCUCCUUCACUGGCUUCCAGCCCUCCCUGCUUGCCCGACGAGACUCCUCCCUAAGGCGCCUCAACCGCUGGGGAUCCCAGGGAACUAAGACCGUCACAUCUAACAGCAGUGACCAACAGAAGUCUCUCAAUGGCGGAGAGGAAGCUCCCACCUCAACUGUCACCCCUCAGGAAGAGAAACUGGACACACCUCCAGAAAAUUAGCCUCUGCUAGCCCUCUCAUGCCCACUAGGACCUAGCCACAGCUGGCCUGUGGGUGACACUGGUCCCUGCU